AUGGCUAUACAACCCGCCAUAGAAGGACAGGGGCCCACAGGGGCCCCCGACCUCCGCAUUAAUGACAUGACGGCAGACGAAAUUAUCGAGAAAAUCAUCGAAAUGCAAGAAGAAUUGUCUGAUUUAUCCUAUCAAGUUGAGGCUGUACGUCUAUCUAACUCAACACUAAGACAAGAAAAUGACGGACUGCAGCAAAAGAUAGAUGCACUCAAGAAGCAGCUAAGGGAGGCACCACAUCUGCUGCCGCAGCACAAGCAGCAGCAGCAACAGCAGCAGCAACAACAGCAGCAGCAGCAGCAGCCGCAGCAGCAGAAGCAGAUGCCACAACAGCCCCUACAACAGCUGCAGCAGCAGCCACAGCAGCAACCACGGGAAACAGAAUCUGCCGCUGCUGUGCCAGCCCCUGUAUCUGCUGCUCCUGUCUCAGACGCAGCAGCAGCAACUGCUGCUGCUGCUGAUGCUGCUGCUGGUGUGUCUGGGCCCUCUCCCACUGCAGCAAAUGAGAAAAGGGAAGAGGCUGCAGCAGAAGCAACAGCAGCAGCAGCAUAUGAGGAUACCUCUUAG